AUGGCAUGGAUCUCGUUUCCAAAUCUUUUGCCUACUUUGUUUGUCAAGGAGUCUUUGUUCUCACUUGCUUCUGCUGUGGGAAAACCUUUGCAUCUCGACUUGGCUAUUGUUAAUAAGACAAGGCCAAAUUGUGCGAGGGUGAAGGUCCAGGUGGAUUUAUUAUUAGAUUUCCCAAAGUUUGUUAUGAUGGAGAUUGAGGAUGAAGUUACAAAACAAACUAGGAAUGUUAAGGUAAAGAUUCACUAUGAUUAUCUUCCAAAGUAUUGCACUGAGUGCAUGUUACAAGGACAUGCAAUUGAGGAGUGCAGAUUUAUGCAUCCUGAAAUAGAGAAGGAUUUACAGGUUACUACUUCAGAUGAGAAGGCCGCUGAACCUGUAGAUAAGAUCGAGGAACCAAAGCAGAAUAAUGAGGAGCAAAAGAGAGUAUAA